AUGAGGCGGUGCGGCGGGGGCCCGGCCCGGCCCGGCACCCCCGCGGUUUCAGGUGUGCUGCGAAGAGAAGAUACCCAGGCACUUGCGAUUAAGGUGGAGGACCUGGAGAAACCUAGAAGAGCGUGCUCCAUGCUCCACCCUUCCAAUGGUGCUGAGAAAAUUCCAGUUAGGAGGAAAUGCUUGGUCCAAAAAAGUCAACCUAAAGAGACAAGGAGGGUGGCACCAAGCCUGCUGAGGUCUGCUUUCCCAAGGGAACCCAAAGAGCCACUGACUCUUUCAGGACCAGGACUAUUUGAUGAUGGUUGUGAAGAGAUUCUGCCUCAUCACAUUUUGGGAAGCAUUCAGGAGUUCAAGAGGGAAGCCUUGGCCAGAGGAAAUACUCAGACAACAGGUUUUUUUUGAGGGGCUCUCUCAUCCAGAUGUUACUGCUGUAGCUUUAAACAGAGGAUCAUGAAGGAGAGAAGAAUAAAAAGAUUCAAUCAGAUCCCACUAGUAAAGCAGAAAGCACUCCAGAACUGGCACCAUAAUAUGGCAAUCAGGAAGAUGCUGAGGAAAUACCUAGGAGAAGUUGCUCAGAGGCCAGAGAAUGAGCUGCUGCUGAGCGGCUCUGAGGAUUACAGACAAACCCAGGAAGAACAUGACCUCCUUGACUGCAGCCUCCCUGCCCUGCUUUCUGGCAAGGGCUUCCGAAGCGGCAGCGCGUUCUGGAGUCAGCCCGAGCACAUCGGGGACGAGCUCACCGGCCUGACCAUGACGCUGCCUCGGAGCGAGCGCGGCUGCGCAGGGCCCCUCGCUCGCCUGCGGGAGCUCCACGCUGACCGGGAGCAAGCGGGUGUGAUUUUGCCUGGAGACACCAGGAAGUUUUCUUUUCUUUUCAAGUCAGAAAGAGCAGGCAUUUUCAGUGAGUCCUGGGGAUUUAGAACACAUCCUCUGUUACUAGGAGGAGCUCUGCUGCAGGUGACCCUUUGGGGAUUAGCUGCUUGUGAAGAUAAAUUGGCUGACCUCAGAGAGAAUCUGGAGAGUGACCUGGCUGCUCAAGCAGUUGCUGCUAUGGUAGAAGAGAGUCUGAAGGAACUUCUUGUCCAGAUUCAGACCCCAGGGUGCACCUCACCUCCUUUAGGUGCCCAUGCAACAGAAGAAGAGUUGUUCCACCAGAAGAAUCCCAUGUUGCAUUAUCAGCAUCGAGUGGUAAAGCAGCUGCAUGAGCUGUGGAGACAGCACAUGACUUUUCCUCCAGCCUCUGAGGAGGAAUUGUCCUUGGACCAGAAGAGAACUAUGGAGGGCAUGCAGUACCAGGAAAGUCCUUCAGAGGUUCUCCCUGCUCAGACCAGCACUACAAAGGUCCCAGGCUGGAGGAAUACAGAGGAGGCUCCAAGUCAAAUGAUGAAGGCAGAAGAGGAAGAAAGAGGCCCCACAGAUUGGAACCUCUCCUUGGAGGACUUCAAGCAGGCUAUAAAGUCAAUCUCUAAGGAAGAGCUGCAAGAAGAAGCACUGUCCCAGCUCAAUGAGGCAUCACUGGAGCUGUGUGUUGAACAGAGACCAACUCAGACAGACCUUUUGUACCAAACCUGUCUCCAGCUGUGGCGUGAAGCAAUUGAUGGUCUGGUGAGUCACUCUCUGAAGCUGAGAUCCCUGCUCGGCUUGCCUGAGAAGGACGCCUGUGUAGAUGUUGUUCCAGAGGAGGCAGUGGGAGUACAACAUCCUGUAAAAGGAGCAAAGGAAGAGAGCGUAGCCACUAGGAAAGAAGAGAGAAGGUCAUUUGGUGGUAAGGAUAAAGAAGGCAGAAAAAGAACAAUGAAGACAGCAGGGAAAGAAAAAGAGGAGGUGAAAGAGAGCGCACAACCUAUGGAGGCUGCCACUACAGAUAGAGCAGAACCUCCUUGGGAGCAGGUGGAUGCUGUUUUGUUUGGGACAUACCAGGAAAAGCUUUACAUUGAAGUCUACAGGCUGCUGGAUUCAACGGUGAGCAAAAUGAUGUCUUUAUUUGAGGAGCUAAAAGGAAAAGGUGCUCUAAAAUGGGAGAGUGAAGCCCUUUCUGACUGGGAAUAGACUCACUUUAAAAAAAUAAAUAACUUUUUAUUACAGA